GUUUCAGAUGUCUUCUAUGAACAAACGGAAACACAGCGACGUAUCAUCAGAUCGUAAUCACAACACUAAAACACCAGGAGGUGAAGAAUGUCAAUCAAAUGCAGAACAACUGAAAUGGAAGAAGGAAUAUUACGAACGUCAAGAACGACUUAUUCGGUUUUAUAAGCAAGACCAGGAGCUCAAUAAGCCAAAGCCACAAGCACCCCCAGAAGACGAUCAGGAAGAUCAGCGAUUAUUGAACUAUUGUCUUGCCCUCACUAUAUAUUCCCUUUUCGGCAAUCUUUUAGCAUCUAUAUUAUCAGGAUCUCUUUCGAUACUCAGUACAUUUGUGGACGCCCUAAUGGAUCUUAUGUGUAGCGCGGUUAUGAAUACCUGCCUUCAUCUCAUCGAGAAGUCUGACACAGUUGAGUACCCAAGAGGGAGGCAUCGGCUUGAAUAUGUUGGAAUCAUGAUGUGUGCAAACUUAAUGGCCUUCGCGAACAUAUUUAUGGCGAUGCAAGCGUACAACAGUAUCGAGGAUGGUUCCAGUAAGCCUGAACUUACUCUGCCAACGACACUGAUUGUGGGCACGCAAACUAUUUUGAAAGCUCUGCUGUCAUGGAUUUGCUAUCGGAGAGGCUCUCCAUCCGCGAUCGUCAUCGCCAUGGACUUGAGAAAUGAUGUCGUAACGCGAUUAUCUGCUGUUGUAUUCGCGUUCAUCGGAGACCGAUAUUGGAGGCUAGCAGAUCCGAUAGGAGCCAUCGCUAUAUGCUCAAUGAUAGCUCUGUCAUGGUUCUACCAUGCCCUGGAGCACAUACCACAGCUUGUGGGAAAAAGAGCAAAGCAAGAGCAGCUGAGCAGAAUACUCAAGUUAGCAAUUGAUCACGACCCCAAUAUCAAAUGUUUGGAUCAUGUGAUGGUGUAUCACACCGGAGAAAAGGCAUUUGUCGAGAUGCAUGUGGUAAUGGACGAAGGUCUCCCUCUCAAGAUUACGCACGAUGUUUGCGACUCCCUCGAGAAGAAGCUGCAGCGAUUGGAUUUUGUGGAAAAAGCGUUCAUCCAUUGCGAUUAUUAUUGUGAUGGAGACUGA